AUGGAAGAUCUGACUAUUUCAGACGAAAACUUGACUAGUAUCAAAGAGAAAGUCGUCUUGAUCACCGGCGGGGCUUCUGGGAUUGGAAGAGCGACUGCUCAACUCUGUCUUUACCUGGGCGCAUACGUUGUAAUUGGCGAUUUGAAUUCUCCAAGGAUUCCAUUUGAAAAUUCCAACAACCUGAAGUUUGUGCAAACCGAUGUCGCAGAUUGGGAGAGUCUCCGGAACCUAUUCAUCGAGACAGAAAAGUGGUUCGGUCGUAUAGACCAUGUAUUCGCCGGUGCAGGACUUAGCAUGACUCCUGAUUUCAUGGAAAUUAAACUCGAUGAAAAUGGCCUCCUGUCACCACCAAACACCGAAACAGUUGACGUCAACCUGACCGGUUCCCUCUAUACCGCUCAUCUCGCGAUCGCCUAUAUGACCCAGCUUGCUAGAAACAAGACAACCGGCACUGGGAGUAUUGUGCUUAUUGCUUCUAGCGCUGGGUUCUAUAACUUCCCAGCCACAGACUAUGCAUUAUCAAAACACGGUGUGGUGGGUCUAACUCGCGGUCUUUCCGGUAAAAUGAAGGGCAGAGUCCGUGUCAACUGUGUUGCUCCUUCAUGGACGGAUACGGAAUUCCUUGCUGGUUUUGUCGAUUUGCUUAGAAAGGUUGGUAGUCCUCUCCAACCUCCUGAGGUGGUUGCUCGGAGCGUUGCUUUGCUAUUCGCGGACCAAGAGCGUACUGGGGACAUCAUAUACAGCGUGGGAGGGAGGUACAAAGAAAUCAAUAAUCAGAAGGGGGGACUCUUGCAAAAUGCCAGGGAGAUUCUGUGUAUUCCAGAGAAAGCAGAAGGUUUUAUGGAGAAGCUUGUAGAGUUUCAGAUAAAACAUCUCGAGCAAAAAUCAGCAUGA